ACUUAGUUUAUGUGUUUCGUGUUCAUUGGUAGAUGAUGUGUCAGUGUCGUUCGCCGGAUUUUAUUGAAUUUAGUCUUUCGCAGUGAAUCGUUUUUUUUAAAUCGAAUCGUUUAUUAUUUAAGAUCUAAAACAAAUGUGCUAACGAAAGUUCCUGAAUCGUGCUUGGUGUGAAAGGUUUUGAUGAAUUGAUAGCAUUCAGUAUGUAUACAUUACUAAGUGUUUCUCUUGGAAUUAUACUUCUGGCCGAAGCCGCCCGUGGAGAAUUCAAAAGUCAUCCCAUAACAACUCAACUUUCUGCAAAAUGGACCAUUACUCCAAUUCAGUUGGAAAUUGCAGAAUUUAUCGAAGAAGAAAAUAACAAUCUAUUCUGGGAUUAUGUUGAGUUGAUAAACCAAAUUCCCAAUGGACUUUACCAUAUAGAAACCGAAGAGAAGCGUUACAAAAAAUCGAUGGAUCUUGCAAAUACUUUGCUUGGCGUAGGGCAAACUAACUUGCUGAAACUAUCUUUGUCACUUCACAGUUUUGCUCCCAAAGUACAAGCACAUUUACAGAUAGCUGAUGAUAUGCUCAAACAGAGUGACUGUGACAGUCCUGCUUUUGUAAGCAUUGGUGGUAAAAUAACAUGUGAUGUACACGACUUACGAAGUGUGUUGAAAAGUAGCGAACGUACUUCGGUCAAGAGAGAGACUUAUAGUAUUGAUCACAUCUAUCCUGGAUCAGAAAAUAAUUCAAUGACAGCUAUUCUAUACGCCCAGUUGGGAACUAAUGAAUUCAAAAUAAUUCAUGAUGUACUAAAAAAGGAAGCCGAUAAGGGUGUUUUGACAUAUGUACUGCGACACUUUGUCCAAAAAAGGUCUAACGAAAAAAUGCGGCUAUCAGGUUAUGGAGUAGAACUUCACCUAAAAUCAACUGAAUACAAGAGCCAAGAUGAUUCACCACAACAGCAGGAUCAAGAAAAAAUAAUUGAAGAUUUUGCUGAGCCAGAAGUUGAGGGAUUCGAUUUUAUAAAACUGAAGGAACGAUAUCCACAUCUGUCACAUUCCCUUGAUCGAUUCAGAAACUCACUUCUAGAAAAACAUGAAGAGAUAGCACCUCUAAAAGCAUGGGAAUUUCAAGAAUUAGGACUUCAAGCAGCUCAACGUAUUGCGCAAAUCCAAGGCGAAGAAGCCUUGCAGAUUUUACAGUACACUGCUCAGAAUUUUCCUACCCAGGCCAAAUCAUUGCUUGCUCAAAUUGUUUCCGAGGAUUUUAAGAAAGAAAUGAGGCACAACAUAGAAAUUUUAGGAAGGAAUCUAAAUCUUCAACCUCCAGAUUCAGCUUUAUUCUUGAAUGGACUAUUCUUCGAUGCUGACACAAUUGAUACUACCACUCUUUUAGAUACACUUAGGUCGGAAAUGCGUGUUUUGGAAGGACUGAAUAAAAUUAGUUUACGUGGAAAAUUGGCUGCUCCGCUAUUAGCCUUAGAUCUAUCGUCAUCCGCUAAGGAGUUUGCCAUUGAUAUACGCGAUUCUGCAAUAAUAUGGAUUAAUGAUUUGGAAAAUGAUGCCCAAUACAGACGUUGGCCCGCCAGUGUGAUGGAUCUUCUACGACCCACGUUUCCCGGAAUGUUGAGAAAUAUACGAAAAAAUUUAUUCAAUCUUGUCCUGGUAAUAGAUCCAGUUUCCAGUGAAGACACAGGCCGAGAUAUUACAAAAUUAGCAGAAAGUUUUGUCAUACAUUCUGCGCCAGUGCGAAUUGGACUGGUGUUCCACUCCUCAAACAAUGAACACAUUGCUUACCGAGCAGUUGUGUGUGCUUUCAAUUACGUACAUCAGAAAAAAGGAUCAACCGAAGCGCUUGGAUUUCUCACCGAUCUUUUUGCUGCAACACCGAAGCACGACAUUAAGAUAGAGGACAUUCGUAAGCAAAUGAAAAAAUCAUUUUCUAAACUGAAAUCAGAAGAAGUAGAUGAUAUCGUUGGAGAAGAUUCCGAUUUCGAUUAUGGGCGCAAACUGUCCCAGGAGUUUGUUAGCAGGCUUGGAUUAAAAAACAGUCCACAAGCAUUGUUAAAUGGAGUUCUGCUGUCACCAAACACAUUGAAUUCGGAUGAUUUCGAAGAAACAAUUCUAACCGAAAUCAUGCAGCAAACCCCCUCCAUACAAAAAGCAGUUUACAAAGGUGACUUGAAUGAUGGAGAACCGGUGAUAGAUUUUCUUAUGAAACAACAACACGUGAUGCCUCGAUUGAAUCAAAGAAUUCUCUCAGCUGAUGAUCCAAUAUUUCUCGAUGUCUCCGGAAGUCCAUAUUUAAAUAUUGAAGAUGUAUCAGCUCUAGCGCAAUUGUCGAACUCAGACUUAACUGCUACUUUGAUGGGAAAUUUGAAUUAUUUUGGAGGAAAGUCCACUUAUGAGAAGUUCAUGGGUCAUAGACUACAUUUCCUCAGCUUAUGGGUUGUUGGAGAUUUGACACAGGCCUCGGGUUGUGCACUUUUGUUGAAUGCUUUGCGUUUUAUGAAAGCUACAAGUGGAAGCCGUGUUGCUUUUAUUCCAAAUGUAGAUGGCAGCAAUUUUGCUAGGGCUGAAUUAAAAAACAAUUUAAAUGCACUUGUUUGGGCUACAAUCAAUACCUUGCCAGCAGAAGAAGCCACUGAUUUAGUUAUAAAGCUGCUAGAACAGACUGAUAACGGACAGAAAUACCAGGUGCCCGAGGCGGUACUUGAUUUUCUACCAGCAACUCAAACGCAUCUGAAAAUGCUCAGAGUCUAUUGCCAACGUGUGCUGAAAAUGAAAGCAUCUGUUAAUAGUCUUGUUGCCAACGGUCGUGUUUUUGGUCCUUUUGAUAUCGAUGAAUACUUUGCUUCCGAAGACUUUGGUCUGCUAGAGAAAUUUUUCAGUAUGCAAUACACGGAUAAGAUUAAAUUAGCUUUGAAGGAAGCGUCUAUAGAUGGGAAUGAUUUUUCAAUUUCUAGCGAUACGAUUUUCAAAUUAGUUUCAAUUCUUGUUCCUCGACAACAAUCUAAAUCUCGCUUCACAAUUCCAACCGAAAUCGAAGAAAAUCACACUGUUGUAAAACUAGUUCCGAAAUCAAGUGAACUACCACACUUCGACAUUGUUGCCGUACUUGAUCCCGCAUCGAGAGGAGCGCAAAAAUUAUCGUCUCUGUUGAUUCUUUUACGAAAUGUUGUCAACUGCAGUAUGAAACUAAUACUCUGUGCUGUCGACAGACAUAGCGAUAUGCCUGUAAAAACGUUCUACCGGUUCGUCGUGGAAUCGGAAUUGCAAUUCAAUUCAGAUGGAAAAUACGCCCCAGGACCAUCGGCCAGAUUUAUCGGACUUCCAGCGAACCCAUUGUUGACUCAAAGUUUAAAUGUUCCUGAGAAUUGGUUAGUUGAAGUCGUUAGAUCUGUUUAUGACUUGGACAACAUAAAACUUUCGGAAAUCAACGGACCAGUCCAUAGCGAGUACGAGUUGGAAUAUCUACUGAUUGAAGGUCAUUGCUUUGACACGACCACCGGUUCUCCGCCACGUGGAUUACAAAUUACUCUUGGAACUGAGCAGCAACCUAUCAUUGUUGAUACGAUCGUUAUGGCCAAUUUGGGCUAUUUUCAACUGAAAGCUAAUCCCGGAGCGUGGAUACUGAGAUUACGUCAUGGUAAAAGUGCAGAUAUUUAUGACAUUACCAGUGCUGACGGCCCGAAUGUCGCCCAUUCCAAUGACGGCACUAGAGUACUACUGAGUUCUCUGAAAUCUCAUGUAUUGAAGCUUCGUGUAACGAAAAAAACCGGAAAAGCAAACGCAGAUCUUUUGAGUGAUGAUAAAGAUUCGGGUGGAGGCAUUUGGGAUUCAAUCAGCUCAAUAGUCGGAACCGGCGACAGCCAUGAACAGGAUAUUUUGAACAUCUUUUCGGUUGCAUCGGGACAUUUGUACGAACGUUUACUUAGAAUUAUGAUGCUCUCGUUGCUGAAACAUACUAAAACUCCGGUUAAAUUUUGGUUUUUGAAAAACUAUCUGUCACCUCAGUUUAUUGAUUUUCUUCCUCAUAUGGCUGAGGAAUACCACUUUCAAUACGAGCUAGUGCAAUAUAAAUGGCCUCGAUGGUUACACCAGCAAACAGAAAAACAACGCAUUAUUUGGGGUUACAAAAUUUUGUUCUUAGAUGUUCUUUUUCCGUUGGAUGUCAAGAAAAUUAUAUUUGUUGAUGCUGAUCAGAUUGUGCGAGCAGAUAUGAAAGAGCUUAAUGAGUUCGACCUUGGUGGUGCUCCAUACGGAUAUACUCCAUUCUGUGAUUCCCGGGAAGAAAUGGAAGGAUUUCGUUUCUGGAAGCACGGAUAUUGGAAAAAUCAUCUACAGGGAAGAAAAUAUCAUAUUUCUGCGCUUUAUGUCGUCGAUUUGAAGCGAUUCCGAAGAAUCGCUGCCGGUGAUAGAAUUCGCGGCCAAUAUCAGGCACUCAGCCAAGAUCCGAACAGUUUGUCUAAUUUAGAUCAAGAUUUACCAAACAAUAUGAUUCAUCAAGUCGCAAUCAAAUCCUUGCCCCAGGAAUGGUUAUGGUGUGAAACAUGGUGUAGUAGCGAAUCGUUACAAUACGCAAAGACUAUUGAUCUCUGUAACAAUCCACUGACAAAGGAAGCAAAACUAACUGCUGCACAACGCAUUGUGCCAGAAUGGAAAAACUAUGAUCUGGAAAUAAAACGACUGCAAGCUAAGGUGGACGAGUUAGAACAUGAAGAUGGCCAAACUAUGCAUUCCCAAGACACAACAAUUACCAAUGAAGAUAUCAGUCACAUUGAACUCUAAAUCACAAUCAAUGUAGAUCAUACUCCAACUAGGAAAUUGUAAUCAUUCUCCUGUUCUAAAAAUAGUAGUCCAAAAAUGAUGCUAAACCAAUGUUCAGUUGUCAAGUGAACUUUGUCUGCUGUGAUCUAAUGGUAGUGUUUUACGCUAGUCUUCGAAUUAUGGUUUAAAGGCUGGCGUUUAGCUUUUUUUCAAACUAAGGACGAAAGAAAAGCUGGCUUACACCCAGUACGAAUUUCAUCUAAUUUCAAGGGUCAAUAAACUGUACAACUUAUUUUAAGAA